GGGCGGCCCCUUCCGGCCCUGGCGAGGAUGGCGGCGGAGAACCGCUGUGAGUUCCCGGUGCCUCCGGCUGGCGGCCUCGGCGCGGGCGGGCCCUGCCGUCGGUGUAGCUCGGCGCCGCUGCCCGGCGCGGGGCCCGGCAAGUGGGUCCGGCUGAACGUGGGGGGCACCUGCUUCCUGACCACUCGACAGACGCUCUGCAGGGACCCUAAGUCCUUCCUCUUCCGCCUCUGCCAGGCCGACCCCGACCUGGACUCGGACAAGGAUGAAACAGGUGCCUAUUUAAUAGACAGAGACCCAACCUACUUUGGGCCAGUGCUGAACUAUCUCAGACAUGGAAAACUGGUUAUUAACAAGGACCUAGCUGAGGAAGGUGUACUGGAAGAGGCUGAAUUCUACAAUAUCACAUCUCUAAUAAAACUGGUAAAGGACAAAAUAAGAGAGAGAGACAGCAAAAUCUCACAGGUGCCAAUCAAACAUGUGUACAGAGUGCUGCAGUGUCAGGAAGAGGAACUCACUCAAAUGGUUUCCACAAUGUCCGAUGGCUGGAAAUUUGAACAGCUGGUCAGUAUUGGUUCUUCCUAUAACUAUGGCAAUGAAGAUCAGGCUGAAUUUCUGUGUGUUGUCUCAAAGGAAUUGCAUAACACUCCUUACGGCACAACCAGUGAACCCAGUGAAAAAGCAAAGAUUUUGCAAGAACGAGGUUCCAGGAUGUGAAGACAAUAUUGAACGGUGACAUUUUUUUUCUUUUAUUCGAAGAUUCAGUGAUUUGUCACACUGAAGAGGCUUGGCUG